CCUGGGUACUGCUAUGGGACAGGAACUCGAUCAGCAAAACUCUAGACUUGUCGUCAUCGAACAAAAGACGACGACCUUAGACAACGGCGUAUUUAGGAACACUGAAAGGCUUAAACGCAUCAAGUAGAAAUGAUGAUAUGUUGGCAACAGUCUUUUGCUGCUAUUCUCUGGAUACUUUCGUAAUUGCUGUAAUGGACACCUUAUACCUUGUACACAUAUGAGUUGACAAUUACAUACAUGAAGUCUGGCCAUGGAUUUUGAUGCUCCGCCACUUACGUUCUACCGCACCUGCAGGCCUGCCCCUUUGCAUAAUAUUCGGAACUUGCUUUGUACCUCUCAUGCUGCGCAGCAUCUUGCACUGGACUUCUUAGGACACUUGACAGAAGACGGGAGUUAGCAUUCCCAGAGCCAACGCUAUGGAAGAAUGCGCUACCUUGAAUGACCUUCAGAAAUGGGAGCGCCUGGUCGAAGAACAGUCAAGCCUCUUUCGUCUAACACUCACUGACAAUCAGACGCUACACUUGCGGGUCGACGAACUGGAACGAGAACUAUCGGUGUGGAAGCUGGCUUUCAAGGCUGCCGAAGAUGAAAAAUGCAAUUUACAAAAGCAUAUGCUCAAGCUGGAAAAAAACAUUGGCUCAUUAAGGGAUGAUAACCCGCUCCUCCUCUGCCUCAUUGACGGCGAUGGAAACAUUUUCUCUCAAGACUUACUCGCGUCAGGCCAUACAGGAGGCCGGCAAGCAGCUAUGCUACUAACCAAAGGGUUAACAGACUAUAUGGUCGAUGUUGACGCUGGAUCUUCCGGGCGUGGUCAAGUUUGGCUCACUGUGUACUGCAAUAAAACCGGCUUGAUGGAUACGCUGGUAAACAACGGCAUAUGCAGUGCAACAGAAUUUGAAGCAUUUGUGCUGGGCUUCAACUCAGCUUCACCGUUAUUCUCUAUUGUGGAUGUAGGCGGAGGGAAAGAAGCAGCGGAUGCGAAGAUUAAAGAAUGUCUUCGCGUUUUCACCCGCUUUCCCCAGACUUCACGUGUGUUCUUCGGAGGUGGGCACGACAAUGGAUACACAUCCACAUUAAGUACCCUCGAAAAUGAGGGUUUACUGCAAAAAAUUGUCCUACUCCGUGGAUACGAGACUCUCGCCGCCGAGCUUCAACACUUUGAUCUGCCCCACCUCGAUAUUGGAGGAGUCUUCAUGACAAAGAAACUUCCCUCGGGUUACACGCACAGGAGGUCAACGCCUCCAACAGGAGUAGCUCCUCAGGAACAUGAAAAACAUAGGACAAACCCUAAAACCUUUAUCGUUGGGACGCAGAGUCCAGUCAUCUCUACGAGCAAACAAUUCUGCAGAUACCUUGAUUCUUCUCUGCCACUCAACAAACAAACCCCAAGACCAUGCACAUUUUUCUAUUUGUCCGUGUGCAAACAAGGUGACAAGUGCACCUACGGUCACGAUUAUUUUCUUACAGCGGACAAUUACGCUGAGCUUCGUGCCAAUGCGAAGAAAUCUCCUUGCCCAGUCUUAAAUAAGAACCAAACUUGUCCUUUUGGCGAAAGUUGCCCUUCUGGACACUACUGCCCCAGAGGGUAUAAAUGCGGCUACAGGAAGCAAGGCAAAUGCAAAUUCAUCGGGAGAGAGAUGCACGCUGCGCUGAGUGACCGCAUAAGCAUAAGUAGACGGCCGCCAUCUAGAGCCCAGAGCAGCAACGUCAGUGGGCAGACAGAUGGAACUCCAACUCCUCCUAUGAGCCCGGUUGACCUGAGCAAUUUCGUCGGCAUAUCUCCCUUUGUGCCACAAGGCGCUAGGUGAUUUAUAUGUAGCUCGCAUCACGUUGAAUCGUAGUAUGUCUAUAAAUUUAACGCUAUCGAAUAUAACAUAUGGAACGCGGUCACGUGGGUGACACGAUUUUAUCCCGAUAG